AUGCAGGCAUGUUUUUCUAAUCACUUGUAAGUAUGCUUCUCCAUGCUGUCACAGCAUGGUGCUCAUAUUAAAGAACACCAGAUGGUCAAAAUUUCUUGAGCCCUCCACUGCGGCGUCCCCCGUAUCACAUCAUGGUUUUGAAAUGUGACACCCAACCUAUUAUUGUACUUUCAUAGCAUAUAUCUCAACUGCAUGCUCUAUUUUAUGUUAUUUGGCCUUGCACACCCUGGUCUCUCUUCAGUCUGAGACCUAGGAAGCUACUGUGACAAUUAAGGGUGCGAUUAACUUUCUUUUGCUGCAUACGUUUCUGCAUACACUCAUUUAUUGCAGAAAAAAACCUCGUUCUGUGCGAGGGCUGCAGCCGCAAGCUAGAACAACAAGUUGCGCCUUUGCCAUCACCAUGUGCUGCCAUGGUGCAGCUGCCACGCACCACCACCAUGCAGCCGCCGCGCACCGCUACCGUGCAGCCACUGCGCACCACCACAGCGACCCCGGGCAGCCCUGAAGUGGCCCACACAAAUGCGAGGGAGGCCGAUUACGUGCCCACUGACGGAGAGGUGCAUCUGGGCAAAGGGAUCACCAUUCCUGAGGGCCUGUACAGCCGCCUCAUGAGCACAAAAAGCGAAACCCGCUUUGUUCGUGAGGUGGCCAUUGCCAUUUAUUCAACGGCAGGCUUGGUUGGGCGGAGUGUAAUUGGAACAGCCUCUAACCAGACAAAGGGAGAGGCAAAACCUCCCUUGGAUAAAGAAAAAUACGCUGUGCUUUCUGAUUUCUUCAACCAUUUUUUGAAAAGCAAUUUUCCAAUUGGAGAGGUCGAGCAAAAGAAGAAGAUACUAAAUAAGGCGCUCGCAAACAAAAUUAACGAUUUGAUGAAAUCAAAAGAUUAAG